AUGCAUUACAGUCCACAAAUUGCAAUCCUCGAAGCAUUAACUUGCACACUCAUGCUAAUCUUCUACAUCUGGCAUUCCUGGCAUUAUGAUCGGUUUCAACCAAUGCUUCGAAGGAAAAACAAGAAGACACUGCACUCGGAUCCCGAACCGAGAAACUCGUUUCACUUGAUCAUGAGAUUUAUCUACCUGUUUGGUUUGCCGCUGUGCGUUGUUCAAGGAGUUACAGUUGCUUACAUCAAAUACCAGGUUGGUUAUCUACCAGUCGAGAUGGGUGGUUAUCCCGUACCCUACACCUCUUGGCCGCCUAAUCACGUCCGAUUGAUCAACACAAUUUAUUAUUUGAAGGCCCUGGGUUGGUCAGGAGAAGGGAUAGUGCACCUUGAAGAGCUUGCUUUCUGGAUUUUCUUGAUCCAUCUCAAGGAGACCUCCCCACCUUGGUUCAAAAGCUCAUUCUUUCAGGCAUUCAUUCUUCUUUCCAUUGCAUCGACCGGGACUUUGAUCAGUAUUGUCAGUAUUUUGAAAUCAGACGUCAUGUUGACUGAAGGUGUCUUGAUGAGUUUCGCAACAGGUUUUAACCUUUCGGUCACAUGUGGAUUUUUCUGGGUGUUCUCCAAAUUUCCCGCAUGGUUGAAAGACUUAAAAAAACGAGGCGCACCUGCUGAACUGCUAAUAAGACUCCACGGAUUUGGGACCCUAAACGAGAUUAGAAUGAUCUUUCGCUUGAUUUUUACAGCUCCAUUACUUGCGCUCUCCGUGGAUGGCCUGAUGCCACAGCCUUUCCUUAAUAAGCAGAUAUGGGUUGUUGACCUUGUUUCUAUGACCUCCGUCGUGGCCUUUGCGGCCCAGGGGAUCAUCACGCUGCUGAUAUUCUUGCCGCGUAACUUGAGCAAGGAGUGCGGAUUCAACAUGGAGGAAAGCAAAGGGCGAACGAAAGGUCCUUCGAACUUGGAGCACAAAGCCUUGAAUCGAUCUUCCGAGUCCUUCGAACUCUCUAGGGAGCACUCUACUUCGAUUAAGCAAGGCUCUUCGCUUUUAAAACCGAUUCUAUCAUCCCCCUCCACCACCAUGGCCGUCACGGUCAACGGCAGCAGUGAAAAGCAAAAAUACUCCAAAUUCGAUGUGCCACCACUCAAUCGUCACACCAGCGUGUCGCCUUCUCAUCCAUUCAGUUUAUCCGAAUAUGGGAGAAACGGAAGGAGAUCGGUGAACAGUGCUCCAAACGAAACUUCGUGUUCCACACCUCUAAAGCAGAAAUCUUCCAUAAACAAUGAAAGGAAAUUCGACAGAUCAUGUUGUCUGCAGAACGAUUCAGCCGAACCUUUCGCGCAAAGCACCAGCCAAGCAGCUGAGGCUUAUGUGCAAUUCAAUCCUGGAAAUAAGCUGGAUGCUUCACCAACUUUUGAAACAGACAGGCUCGCGAAUUUUCCCGGCGAAAGGAAGAAUCAACCGGAUCACGGAAAUUCAAUCUCUUUUCCAAUCACAUCUCCACUCACUCAUUUCCCCCGAUAUUUUGCGCCGUCUCAAACACGAUCUUUGGAGACUUGCGAUACUGAUCAGACGGUAACAUCGAUUUCCCCUCACGCAGACUACAGCCAGCAACCUCUGCCAUUAUCGACUCAGACAUCAUCUCAACCCACAGAACAUCUUCUGCCGAUUCAUCCUGCAAUUCGCAAUUUCAAAUCUCCAAUCAACAUAUGCAGCACUUCGUUACCAGACAAAGAAAGAAGCCCGUGGAACGACUGA